AUGGCCAACUACAGCCCGGGGCUGAAUGGCAUCGUCAUUGGCCUCUUGUCGUCCUUCGGGUCCGCGCUCUUGAUCCUUUGCAUCUUCUUAGUCUUCUACUUCUUCCGAUACACGGCGUCUGGACGCAUCUUUCUUGACCGGAUCGGCCGGCCCGGCGAAUACGAUGACGAACAAGCGUUUGCGCGCGAGGAGGCCGACGCCCUCGAGGUGAUGGACGACAUGGAACGGACCGAAUACCUCAGGGCCAAGGCUUUCAUCGCUGCGAACCCCUCUGAAUCGGCGCAAACCGAUAUAUCCCUAUCACAAUACCUAGCCAUCCAGGAAAAGGGCGUGUCGGCAUGGGAGUUCGAACCUGAAUUAGAAAUCGCCAACUGCUUUGUCGAGGCCAGGACUGAGAUUGAGUUCUUCGAUUCGGAGUGCACAGUCAUGAGCAAUCUGCCCGUCCCCAAGCAGAACGACGUCUAUUACUGGGAAACAAAGGUUUACGAAAAACCCGACAGCACGUUUCUCAGCAUAGGAAUGGCCACCAAACCUUAUCCGCUUUUCAGGCUACCAGCAACAGGUUUCCACAAGACUUCGGUCGCAUACCUUUCCAACGGUACCCGUCGCUACAACCAGCCUUUCAACGCGACCCCUUAUGGCCCCCAGAUCGUCCAAGGCGACGUUGUUGGUGUCGGAUAUCGCCCUCGAUCUGGGACCAUAUUCUUCACACGGAACGGGAAAAAAAUGGAAGAUGUGGUGCACGGCCUGAAAUCGCCAAAUUUCUUUCCUUCGAUUGGGGCAAACGGGCCUUGUACCGUGCACGUCAACUUUGGCCAGGCCGGUUUCGUGUUUAUCGAGGCCAAUGUGAAGAAGUGGGGCCUUGCCCCCAUGACCGGUUCUCUCGCACCACCACCACCUUACGGGGUAGAAACCGACACGGUCCUCCUUGCCACCGGAACGAAAGAUGGCUUCACGAGUUCUCCAGCCCGGGGUCACCAAUACAGCCACUCCGCUCAACUAUACAGGCACGGCCACAACACACCCGCUCACGGCCACGGCCACGGCCGCUCCAGGUCGGGAAAUUUCCGUAUGCUUUCUCCGACGAGCCCGGGGCCCCUCCGCAGCCCCACCGAUAUCUCCCUCGCUCAACUAGUACCGACAGAUGAGGGCGGCGAGCCCAGCAGCCGUGGUACGGGCAGGCAAACCCACGAGUUCCGGUCAAGCCCCGCUGGGCCAAGCAUACACGACCCCGAUAACCGCCCACCCCCAGAUUAUACCAGCCCCGAGCACUCAGAUGAGGAAGGGACUGAGAGUCGAAGAACAAGCAGUGAUAGCGAGAACGCGCCAUUAAUCCGUCUGACCAGAAGUCGCGGGGCAUCCUCAGCCACUGUCCGGAGUAACCACAGUAGGCCGACCCCGCCGCAAACGAGUGGCCCACCCAGCCCACCGAUCCCUACGUACCAGGAUGCGAUUCGGCAGGGAGCAGGGAGGGAACGAAGUGAUAGUACGCGGAGCACAAGGAGUGUAAGAGCAUUGCGGUGA